AUGCCGAAAUUAGACAUCAACAAGGCUGGCUGGGAACAGAGCGAGUUUCCCAUUCUAUGCGAGACAUGUCUCGGUGACAAUGCUUUCGUCCGCAUGUCCAAGCAAGAGUACGGCCGUUCAUGUGGUACUUGCGCACGGCCAUUCACCGUCUUCCGUUGGAACCCUGGCACCGGCAUGCGCUACAAGACGACUGUGAUCUGCCAGACCUGCGCCAAAAUCAAGAACGUGUGCCAGACGUGCCUUCUCGACCUCGAAUACGGCCUUCCAACACAAGUCCGGGACACAGCGUUGGGCGUUGAGAACGAGGCUCCGACGAGCGAGAUCAACAGAGAGUACUAUGCGCAGAAUUUGGAGGGCAAGUUGGAGGGCAACAAGUCGUUGAUGGACACUACCCGGGCGUCGUCUGCGGGCAAGGAGAUGCUAAAGCAGCUCGCGCGGACGGACCCGUACUACAAGCGCAACAGGCCACAUCUAUGCUCUUUCUAUGCCAAGGGUCAGUGCAGCCGCGGAUCGGAGUGUCCGUACCGACAUGAGCUGCCCGUCGAUAAUGAGCUGUCGAAGCAAAACAUACAGGAUCGCUACCAUGGCCGGAAUGACCCCGUCGCGCGGAAAAUCCUAUCGAACCAUGCUGCAACCAUGGGCCUGCAGCCUCCUGAGGACCAGUCAAUAACAUCGCUCUUCCUCACAUCGCUACCUGCCAAUGCAACUGAGGAAGCAGUCCGCACCAGGGUCGUCAAGUCGCUUCCAGCACUCGACCCAGCCUUGAUAAAGUCGAUCGUCCAUGUCGCAAAGUCAAGAUGUGCAUUUGUCAACUUCAAGGACCGACAGUCCGCAGAGUUGGCGGCGCAAGCAUGGGCCAAUGGUCUCGAUAUGGAUGGCGAAACUGUCAACGUUAAAUGGGGCAGAAGUAAGGGUUCGGUAGCGAAAUCAAAGCCGGCCACUGCUGCUGCGACCGUUAUUGCCGCAUGA